UUCCGGCAGGCGCGGGCCCGGAAGCGCGGCCAUGGCGGGCGGCCGGGGGCGGCGGGGCCGGCGGACGGCUUGGGCCUGAGCGCGGCGGGCGGGCGGCGCCAUGUGGCGCGGCCGCAGCUCCUUCACCACCCUGGUGGUGGGCGUGUUCGUGGUCUACGUGCUGCACACCUGCUGGGUCAUGUACGGCAUCGUCUACACCCGCCCGUGCACCGACUCCGCCAACUGCAUCCAGCCCUACCUCGCGCGGCGGCCCAAGCUGCAGCUGAGCGUGUACACAGCCACGCGGUCCAGCCUAGGUGCCGAGAACAGCGUGGACCUGGUGUUGAACGUGGAAGACUUUGACGUGGAGUCCAAGUUCGAAAGGACUGUGAACGUGUCUGUGCCCAAGAAGACGAGGAACAAUGGCACACUGUACGCCUACAUCUUCCUGCACCACGCUGGGGUGCUGCCCUGGCACGACGGCAAGGAGGUGCACCUGGUCAGCUCCCUGACCACCUACAUGGUGCCCAGGCCAGAGGAGGUCAGCCUACUGGCCGCGGAGCCUGCUGCACAGCAGGAGGACGUGGAGAGGAAGCCACCAAGCACUCUGGACGAGCCUGUGUCCCACUGGAGGCCAAAGCUGACGCUGAACGUGAUGGUGGAUGACUUUGUGUUCGACGGCUCCUCCCUGCCUGCCGACGUGCACCGGUACAUGAAGAUGAUCCAGCUGGGAAAGACAGUGCACUACCUCCCCAUCCUCUUCAUAGACCAGCUCAGCAGCCGCGUGAAAGAUCUCAUGGUCAUCAACCGCUCCACCACGGAGCUGCCGCUCACCGUGAGCUACGACAAGAUCUCGCUGGGCCGCCUGCGCUUCUGGAUCCACAUGCAGGAUGCCGUGUACUCCCUGCAGCAGUUUGGGUUUUCAGAAAAGGACGCAGAUGAGGUGAAGGGCAUCUUCGUGGAUACCAACUUGUACUUCCUGGCUCUGACCUUUCUUGUCGCAGCAUUCCACCUGCUUUUUGACUUCCUGGCGUUCAAGAAUGACAUCAGCUUCUGGAAGAAAAAGAAGAGCCUGACUGGAAUGUCCACCAAGGCAGUGCUCUGGCGCUGCUUCAGCACGGUGGUCAUCUUCCUGUUCCUGCUGGAUGAGCAGACAAGCCUGCUGGUGCUCGUCCCUGCGGGCAUCGGGGCUGCCAUUGAGCUGUGGAAGGUAAAGAAAGCUUUGAAGAUGAGCGUCAGGUGGCGAGGCCUACGGCCCACAUUUGAGUUUGGCACCUACAGCGAGUCUGAGAGGAGGACAGAGGAGUAUGACACGCAGGCCAUGAAGUAUUUAUCCUACCUGCUGUAUCCUCUGUGUGUGGGUGGAGCCGUCUACUCGCUGCUCAACAUCAAGUACAAGAGCUGGUACUCCUGGUUGAUCAACAGUUUUGUCAAUGGCGUCUACGCCUUUGGCUUCCUCUUCAUGCUGCCCCAGCUGUUUGUGAACUACAAGAUGAAGUCAGUUGCACAUCUGCCCUGGAAAGCCUUCACCUACAAGGCCUUCAACACCUUCAUCGACGACGUCUUUGCCUUCAUCAUCACCAUGCCCACAUCCCACCGGCUGGCCUGCUUCAGGGACGAUGUGGUCUUCCUGGUCUACCUUUACCAGCGAUGGCUUUAUCCCGUGGAUAAGAGCAGAGUGAAUGAGUUCGGGGAGUCCUAUGAGGAGAGUCCUGGGCGGAAAUCCCACGCAGACUGACCCUCCUGCCCAGUGCGUUGGAGCCAAGUUCGGGCCACCUCCUGCCUGCCCACGGGCUUGGGAGCCAUGGAGGCGGUCCCACAGUGCAUCUUCUGCGUUGCCAAAUCCCAGAAUGUCCCUACGCCCCCUGCAAUGACGUGUUUGCGAAGAGCUCGGCACCCCCACGCC